GGCUUCUUAGCGACGAUGAAUACUAGCAACCAUGUCACCUUACUGACGUCAGCCAGCAGGCUAAUUGAGGACACUUCUAGAGUGAGCCGGAGUGCCUGUGAAGAGGGCCCGCUGCUGGAGGAGCAGGAGACGGAGGGCCAGCGGCAGCUCCACAGCCUCCUGCUGCAGCAGCUCCACACAGACGUCGACAUUGAUCGAUGUGUGGCCAGGAGGCAGUGCUUCGCCCCGGCCGCUCUCUAUCAGCCAUUUGGGAAGCAGGCGGCGGGAGUUAGAAGCCUCUCCCAGUUCCAGGCUCUGCAAGACGGGGAGAACGAGCUAGCCACCCUGCGGGAGCUGGGCCUCACCGAUGCUGAGAUCCAGCUGUGGCAGAGCAGAGAUGCACCGGAGGAAACGGAGAAGUCCCACGGUGUGUGUGCUGCUCCGGAUGCAAAGCAGCAGCGUCUGCAGGUGAUCAGAGACAAGAUUGAAGCCAGGGCCGAGAUCCUGUCCCGCCCACAGCGGUUCGCCGCCAGCCGCCCACUGUCGCGUCGGGAAAUGGAGAUCGAACAGGCGCUCUUUCAGGGGAACGACCGCCGGGGUUUCCUCACCGCACUUUACCAUCGAGAUGAAGAGAACCAGACGAUCCAGCAGGGGGUGUCUUCCUCUGACCCGAUGGACUCUCUCUACAGGGAUGUUCUGAACAGUCAGAAACUUACAUCACUCCACGACUCUGAAAGAAAACCAACUCGAGCAUCACACCUGCCUCCACACCGAACUUUUUCUGACCAAUCACAAACCUCAGAGAGAGAGAGCAACCAAUCAAAAUCUGACCAUCACACAGAACCUAAACCUAAAAAACGUUGCUUAUCAGCCCAGUCGCAGUCAAAUUCAGACACUUCAGAACAACCACGUGCUGCUGCUCCAGUCCAGAUAAAUAUAAGCCAGCCAAUCGGCAGUCUGUGUGGGUCGGCUGUGAGGUCAAGCAGACCGCUGACUGUCAAAGGGGAGAUUGCUACGAUUACAGAUGAAGAAAUCCUGAUGAAUCGCGAAUCUGAGGAGGGGAUCAGGAGCAUCCCGAGGUUCAGAAACUACCAGCCAGGCAAACCCUCCAAGGUUCUGUGUGUGAAGAACUUGAGUGCGCAGGCAUCGGUGGCCCAGCUGGUGGCGCUGUUCUCCAGAUUUGAGCAGAAGGGUGGGCCCCCGGUUCUUUACCGGCUGUUGACAGGAAGGAUGAAGGGCCAGGCCUUCAUCACCCUGUCAGACACUGAAACGGCCCAGAAUGCCUUGCAGUUGGUCCAUGGAUACCGGUUGCUAGGGAAACCUUUGGUGGUUGAGUUUGGCCGUGAAAGACAGGAAGAGCACAAACAGAAAGAGCAGGAAGAAAAGGAGACGAGUAAAUAAAACAUUUCCUUCAGCUGUAAAUAACCUUCUCAGGCAGACUGUUUAUUAUUUAUUUUCUUCUGAAUGUGAAGCUGCCACCAUGAAUGUUUCACGUUAAUAAAAGUUUUGACCCAAA